AUGGACAAUAUGUCUAUUACAAAUACACCAACAAGCAAUGAUGCCUGUCUGAGCAUUGUACAUAGUUUGAUGUGCCAUAGACAAGGUGGAGAGAGUGAAACAUUUGCAAAAAGAGCAAUUGAAAGUUUGGUAAAGAAGCUGAAGGAGAAAAAAGAUGAAUUGGAUUCGUUAAUAACAGCCAUUACUACAAAUGGAGCUCAUCCUAGUAAAUGUGUUACCAUACAGAGAACAUUGGAUGGAAGGCUUCAGGUGGCAGGCCGGAAAGGAUUUCCUCAUGUGAUCUAUGCCCGUCUCUGGAGGUGGCCUGAUCUUCACAAAAAUGAACUAAAACAUGUUAAAUAUUGUCAGUAUGCAUUUGACUUAAAAUGUGAUAGUGUCUGUGUGAAUCCAUAUCACUAUGAACGAGUUGUAUCACCUGGAAUAGAUCUCUCAGGAUUAACAUUGCAGAGUAAUGCUCCACCAAGUAUGUUGGUGAAGGAUGAAUAUGUACAUGACUUUGAGGGACAACCAUCAUUAUCCACCGAAGGGCAUUCGAUUCAAACCAUCCAGCAUCCCCCAAGUAAUCGUGCAUCAACGGAGACAUACAGCACCCCAGCUCUGCUAGCUCCAUCCGAGUCUAAUGCUGGCAGCACCACCAACUUUCCCAACAUUCCUGUGGCUUCCACAAGUCAGCCUCCCAGUAUACUGGCAGGCAGCCAUAGUGAAGGAUUGUUGCAGAUAGCUUCAGGGCCUCAGCCAGGACAGCAGCAGAAUGGAUUUACUGGUCAGCCAGCUACUUACCAUCAUAACAGCACUACCACCUGGACUGGAAGUAGGACUGCACCAUACACACCUAAUUUGCCUCACCACCAAAACGGCCAUCUUCAGCACCACCCGCCUAUGCCGCCCCAUCCCGGACAUUACUGGCCAGUUCACAAUGAGCUUGCAUUCCAGCCUCCCAUUUCAAAUCAUCCUGCUCCUGAGUAUUGGUGUUCCAUCGCUUACUUUGAAAUGGAUGUUCAAGUAGGAGAGACAUUUAAGGUUCCUUCCAGCUGCCCUAUUGUUACUGUUGAUGGAUAUGUGGACCCUUCUGGAGGAGAUCGCUUUUGCUUGGGUCAACUCUCCAAUGUCCACAGGACAGAAGCCAUUGAGAGAGCAAGGUUGCACAUAGGCAAAGGUGUACAAUUGGAAUGUAAAGGUGAAGGUGAUGUUUGGGUCAGGUGCCUCAGUGACCAUGCAGUCUUCAUACAGAGUGACCACUUGGACACAAAAUGUAAGGCUGUGUAUGGGAUAGGUGUUCACAAGAUCUGCCCAAAAACGAGUCAAAAGGUCUUUGAUUUGACUGAGUAUUAUAAUCUAAUCCUGAGGCAUCUGCUCUACAUAGAUAUGAUAGGGGAUACCCUGGAAACACCCGGGUCCGAAGUCUUCCCUCUCCCUGGAGCACAAGGUGAAACACUUGUAAGCCAUCCUUCACUGAUGGGGGUGAAAGACCUACAGGACAUAUGCAUCCUCAGGAUGAGUUUUGUGCAAGGCUGGGGAUCGAAGUACCCAAGUCUGAGCAUCAAGGAAACUCCUUGCUGGAUUGAGAUUCACUUGCACCCGGCCCGCGAGCUCCUAGACAAAGUUCUCCAGGCCCUCUCUGUCACCCGUUCACAACGUGUGCACUGA